AUGGCUCACAUACACGAACCGAGGCUUCAAAUACCAUCUGAACUCGCACCUUCAGAAGCCUCCAGUCGUUCCUCUCUCAACAGCUUCAACUCCGAUGGGGACGAGUCGCCUUUGACUUACAAGCGCUUCUCAAGCCUUGUCCAGCACUCGUUUGACGGGAUCUCUUUAUCUGAUCUGAUCAUCGUGAAACGCAGCGACUGGGAGGCGCUGAACCACGAACUCACCAAUGAGGGAGAGUUACAUGAGCAAGCUAGAAAGUCUAUCGAGAAGACUUACGAAGAAAUCAUGGCUACUUACAAAGUCUCUUUAUCCGAACGAUACAAAGAAGAUAUGGAAAAGAUGGCAAAGAGAAUAGCCGAGCUAGAGUCUAAAGUUGAACCACUCAAUAGUGCAGUGAACGAGCAAAACCUAAAAGAAAACGGGGAGACGAAGGUAGGUCAAGAAUUGGAGGAGAAAUUGGUGACCGCCCAGGAGAGGAUCAUGGAUUUGGAAACAAAGGUGGAUUGCCUAAAGUUGAUCCUUGCUGGAAGAAUCACGGACAGGGAAAGGGUUUCUACCAAUGGUGGUCAAUACCACGUUGAAGCCGAGGAAGAAACCUCUGAAACCAAGUUGAAGGCGGAACCUGCGGUGGAGAAAAAGCAACCCAAUAUGCAUUCGGUACCUUUAGGCCCACGAAUUAUUUUGAACCGUAACCAUUUUAAAAACGCUCAUGCGGUUAUUCCCACGAAUGGCAAUGCAAUGACUCGUCCUCCCGUAUCCCGAGCUCCUCCGGGGAUGGUUUCCAAGCCCUCUCCUCGAUACACUACGCCCCGCAUCACAACCGACCAUUUGGUCAGCGAUUCACGUAGCAAGCGGCGUGCAAUUUAUAUUGUCAAUCUCGGGCCCAAUUUCUCUCUUCCUGCACUUCUCUCCUGUAUAACCCAGGGCGCACUUGAACGCAUUAUACCGUAUCCUUACCGCGGAACUUGUCUACUCAUAUUCGUACACUCAGCUCAGGCACAUGCCUUUUUUUUGGCCGCAAACACUCCCUCCAAAAAGCACCCAUUUUCAGGAAAGUUUAAUGCCAGUGUUAACUGGGCGGAUCAAGCGAUAGCUCGAAUGGACUACUACGUUGCUAGUCGAAUCGCCGAGUGCGGUGCAACCCGUAUCGUCAAGUUUACUGGCUUAGAAGCAGCCGUAAUUGGCGAGGGAGGUAUUGGAAGCCCAGUGGACAAGGAGGGCGUUAUUGCUUGGUGGGGCGGCAAGAACAAUUAUUUAAUCGGUGUCACGAUCAAUGACGACUCAGACGGUCGAAGAUCUGCCGUAGUUGAGUGUGAGAGUGUUCGAGACGCGUGGUGGCGGGUUCAAGAAGUGACAUCAAAGGUCAAAAAUUGCUUGUUAAAGGUUGGAUGGGAGUGGGUGCCAGACUACUGUGCGUCAGGAGUAGUUGGUUUGGCUUGA